AUGCUGGGCCACAGGAGGAAAGCCGCCUCGCAGGGGAAGGAUGGAGCCGGGACGUCCGAGUCGAAGGCCAUCGACCCGCUGAGGAACCUGGGAGUGCAGGAUGAUGAAGAUGUGAAGCAGAUGCUGCAGGGCUCAAGUAUGGUGAAGGUACGCUCACCUCGCUGGCAGAAGCGACGAACUCUAAAGCUGCUGGAAGAUGGUGUCACUGUCUGGUGUCAGUCGCACAAAACAUCCAGUCGGGCCAAGGAGCAACAGUCCUUCUCCAUCAUGGAGGUGGAGUGCGUUCGAGAGGGUUGCCAGUCAGAGAUGUUGCGGCAGAUGGUUGGCUCAGUACCUGAGGGCCGGUGUUUAACAGUGGUCUUCAAAGGGCCCCGCAAGAGCCUGGAUCUCCUCUGCCAGAGCCAGGAGGAAGCUCAGCACUGGGCUCGCGGCAUCCGAACCCUGCAGGAGAGGGUGCAGAACAUGACACAGAAGGAGAAACUUGACCAUUGGAUUCAUGCUUACCUGAGUCGGGCCGACCAGAACCACGAUGACAAAAUGAGCUACGAUGAGGUGCAGAAGCUGCUGCAGAUGAUCAAUAUUGACUUGAGUGACCAAUAUGCCCGCAGUCUCUUCCAGAAAUGUGAUCGGUCAGCUGAUGGUCGUCUGGACCAUGGAGAGAUUGAAGUUUUCUGCAGAGAACUGUUACGGAGACCAGAACUAGAUGCUGUAUUUAUCCGCUACUCUGCAAAUGGCUGUGUACUUUCCACUGUGGACCUGAGGGAUUUCUUAAAGGACCAGGGGGAGGAUUCUUCAUUCAUCCAUGCUCAAAGUCUCAUCCUCACCUAUGAACUGAACGAGUGGGCCCAGAAGAACCAUUUCAUGACCCCCAAUGGUUUCACCAUGUACAUGCUUUCGAAGGAGAACUGUGUGUUAAACCCGGAGCAUGCUAGAGUUUACCAAGACAUGAAACAUCCACUGGCACACUACUUCAUCUCCUCAUCCCACAACACCUACCUCACUAAGGACCAGCUGACUGGGGAUAGCAGCACAGAGCCAUACAUACGAGCUCUGAAUCAUGGCUGUCGUUGUGUGGAGCUGGACUGUUGGGAUGGAGAUAAAGGAGAACCAGUCAUCUAUCACGGACAUACACUCACCUCCAAAGUGCUCUUUGUAGAAGUCAUUGAGACUAUCAAUGAAUAUGCUUUUAAAGCGUCUCCCUACCCUCUGAUCCUGUCUCUGGAGAACCACUGCUCUGUGGAGCAGCAGACAGUAAUGGCUCGACACCUGAAAUCCAUCCUGGGGGACAAGUUGCUCACCAAGCCCCUCAGUGGUCUGGAUUCCUGCUGCUUGCCUUCUCCAGAGGAUCUUAAGGGUAAAAUCCUGGUGAAGGGAAAGAAGGAGAGGGUGGGAAAGGAGUGCUCAUCCAGCUCUUCAGACCUCAGCUCCUCAGAUGAGGAGGCCAGCCGGGCCAAAAGCAAAGGUCAGAAGAAGGAAGACAAGAAGCCAGGUGUGUCUAAGCUGAGUCCAGAGCUGUCAGACCUGGUGGUGUACACUCGCAGUGUUCCCUUUAAAGGCUUUGAACAAGCUGCCAAAAGCUCAGCCACCGACAUGUCAUCUUUCUCUGAAAGUGAAGCACUCAGGCAUGUUAAAGACUCAGGGAUGUGUUUUGUACGUCACAACAGUCACCAGCUCAGCAGGAUCUACCCCUCAGGCCAGCGCCUCCAGUCCUCCAACUACAACCCUCAGGAGAUGUGGAAUGGAGGCUGUCAGAUUGUUGCUCUGAACUUCCAGACACCUGGGGAGCAGAUGGACCUGAACCAAGGUAGAUUCCUGCAGAAUGGACAGUGUGGAUAUGUCCUGAAGCCUCCCUUCAUGUACCAGCCUGCCACCACUUUCAACCCAGACAAUGUUGGAGGAGGUCCUGCCCACAGACCAGUCCUGCUCACUGUUCGGGUUAUUUCAGCCCAGCAGCUGCCUAAACCAGAGUGGGACAAGCCCAGCUCCAUUGUGGAUCCUCAAGUCUGGGUGGAAAUACAUGGCGUUCCGAUUGACAACGAUAAGAAGAAAACUCAUCAUGUUGACAACAAUGGCUUUAACCCGCGGUGGGACUGCACUUUUAACUUUACCGUUCAUGUCCCUGACUUGGCUCUGGUCCGCUUCAUGGUGGAGGAUCAUGACUAUACGUCAAGCAAUGAUUUCCUGGGCCAAUACACCCUGCCUUUCACCAGUCUCCGCACAGGUUAUCGUCAUGUCCGACUGCUCAAACUGGAUGGUUCAAGCCUUUCCCCUGCCUCCCUGUUUGUCCAUGUGAAGGUCACCCCCUGUCAGAGCAGUCCUUCCAAAUCAUCAGCUAAAUCACCAGCUACAUCACCAACCAAGUCCACAACAAAGAAGCCCUAA